UCAAAUGCUUUCCUUAAGUUUUACACGUCAAAUCAUUUGUUUUGAGAGGAAAAAUUCGUCAAUCCCGUUAAUGAAGCUUCAUGGCAUUUGGCAUUCACUGGGCGCUAUUGGCUGCGGUUCGCUUGCCACGUAUGUGAGUCUCAAGCUGCUCGAUCAGCCACAGGCACGCAACGAAGACCACGAGCCGCAGGAGCUGGUGUCCAAGGGACAAUGGUGCCACAAUUGGGACAGUCGCGAACAUCAGGCCUCCAAUGUGGGUGCCAAGAAUCCGGAACCAGUUGCGCUGCGUCACAUUGUUCUAGUGCGGCAUGGGGAAUAUACAUCGACAACCGAUGGCAAUCAUCUGACGGAUUUGGGGCGCCUUCAGGCACAUCGAGCCGGACAGCGGCUGCUGGAAAUGGGAAUCGCGUGGGAUCAUGUGGUGGCCUCGACGAUGACGAGAGCUCAGGAGACGGCAAUGAUCAUUCUGAAGCAAAUCAACUUUGACCCACUCAAGUUGAAGCGCUGCGAACUGUUGCCAGAGGGCACGCCAUGUGCAGCUGAUCCACCCCAGAAUCGCACUUCAUCCCAAGUGGAAAAGGCGACUCGACGAGACGGACCACGCAUUGAGGCUGCCUUUCGGCGCUAUUUCUUUCGCGCGUCCCCUGAGCAGAAGGAAGAUUCGUAUUUACUGAUUAUUGGGCAUGCCAAUGUCAUCCGCUAUUUAGUUUGUCGUGCCCUGCAAUUCCCACCCGAUGCCUGGACCCGAUUUAGCCUUAACCAUGGUUCCAUCACUUGGUUGACAAUCUGGCCAACUGGCUAUGUCACGGUUCGGUGUUUGGGUGAUGCAGGCUAUAUGCCUGUGAAUGAGUUAACCCACCGACGACCACGAAAAUCUGUAGACAACAAUUAAUUGUAAAUUCUCAAUUCAGCCAAACUAUGUAUUUAUAUUCACAGUUAGCUCAGAUUUAUCACAGAGUCGAUGUACAAAUAAAUUGUAAACG